AUGACGCGCAAAAAAGUUUCAAUUGACGGAAAGAAAUAUUAUAUUCAUCCUAUUUUUACUAAUUAUGCCGCUUCAAAAGACGGUGAAAUUUUAAAUGUAAAAACUGGAAGAAUUUUAAAAAAAAAUUUGACUGAUAUGGGAUACUAUCAGUUUAAAGUUAAUGAUAAAAAAUUGAUUAAACCAAAGAAUUACUAUAUACACAGGUUUGAAUGGGAAUGUGUAAGAGGUGUUAUUCCAGAAGGAUUUGUUAUUGAUCAUAUUGAUUCUGUUAGAACAAAUAAUAAAAUUUACAAUUUACAAUUACUAACUUUGGUGGAAAAUAUUAGAAAAGGAAAUAGCAAACCUAUAUUAUCAUUUAAUAUCAAAAAUAACGAACAAAAAAAAUAUGAAAGUAUUACUUCUGCUUCUCUCGAAUUAGAUAUUUCCUUUUCAAUUAUUUCUAAUAUUUGUAGAAAAGUAAAAUAUUAUAAAACAGUGAUUUCCAAAAAAGAUGGGGAUAGAUACAAAUUUGAAUUUUUAGAAAAAAAUGUUUAA